UCCUUCUCAUCAAGAGCCCACUUACUUCUCCAGUGUAUUGCAGCGCAAGAAAUACUCUUCUUUAGACGCACUUUUCUGCGUCCCGGCUCUUCUCUGCUGUUAUCUCCCUCGCUCUCUCUACAUUUUCUGCUGUUCGUCGGCCGAAUUCAGGAUGAUGAAGAUUAAUUUGAGUUCGCUGGAUCCCUCGGCACCCCUGAAGAGGAACACAGAUGGUUUAGAAAAUGAGAUUUUUGCUGCUCCAUCAUUUAAACUUCCUACCACUGUUGAUUUUGAUGGAUUUCAAAAGGCAGCAGUUCAGAUGGUGAAGCCAGCAAGGGGAACAACCACUCUGGCCUUUAUAUUCAAAGAAGGUGUCAUGGUGGCAGCUGAUUCUCGUGCAAGCAUGGGGGGAUAUAUAUCGUCGCAAUCUGUCAAAAAAAUCAUUGAAAUCAAUCCAUACAUGCUUGGUACAAUGGCUGGUGGAGCUGCAGAUUGCCAGUUCUGGCACAGGAAUCUGGGAAUCAAGUGUCGGUUGCAUGAACUGGCCAACAAGAGAAGAAUAUCUGUUGCUGGAGCUUCAAAGUUGUUGGCAAACAUUCUAUAUUCAUACCGAGGAAUGGGUUUGUCAGUUGGAACAAUGAUCGCUGGAUGGGAUGAGCAGGGUCCUGGUCUAUAUUAUGUGGACAGUGAAGGCGGGCGUCUUAAAGGCACUAGAUUCUCAGUUGGAUCGGGUUCGCCUUAUGCUUAUGGAGUUUUGGACAGCGGAUAUCGUUUUGAUAUGUCAGUUGAGGAAGCCUCGGAAUUAGCCAGGCGAGCAAUCUAUCACGCAACAUUCCGUGAUGGGGCCAGUGGUGGCGUUGCGAGUGUAUAUCAUGUUGGGCCAAAUGGAUGGAAAAAGCUAUCUGGAGAUGAUGUUGGGGAACUUCACUAUAAAUACUACCCUGUGGAACCUGCUGCUGUGGAACAGGAGAUGACAGAGGUAUCUGCUGCAUGAGAGAUGGAAAAGAGGAUGUCCGCUUGUGUCAUGUACGUUUAUGCUAGAUAGCUGUUUGGGACCAAAGAGCAUUUUUAUCAACAAGAAUAACUACAUAUGCAGAUAAACCAACCUUGAACUGUUUGGGUUUGUUUGGUAGUCGUGUAUGGUGCUUGAUAUGCUGCCUGCUGCUAUCUGUCUGUCUAUCUAUCACUUGAAAACCAAUCUGCAGAGUCGAAUGAGCCUGAAUUAUUCUUAUUGUUAUGAUUAUUGCUGCUGUUGGUGACCCCGUCUUCA